AUUAGCAAUACGAGAGCCAACUGUUUAGUGUCUUCAAUAAAAUCGUGAAUGAAAAUUUUUAAACAACUCAGUUUGUUUUUUUUAAUUGACGUAAUGUCCACUAGAGAACUUCGUUCCUCAGAUCCACAAAUUCCUGCAAAUGCCGAUGACGAAACCAGCUCUAUGCCAAAGACCGCGAAGAAAAGGAAACGUAGUGCUCUGAGGGCUGAACCGAAAUCCGAGAAUUCUCUUCAGUGGGUGAAUUCUGAAUUGAAUCAUAUUUCUAACGCCGUUGGCCAUCCGGUUACCCAACCCUUUUCCUAUUACUCUCAUGUCAACAUUCUGCAACUACCUUUUCAACCGAACGUUAUAACAUCUGAAACCAUACACAGCCAUUUUGAGAAUCCACCGUGGAGCACUACGUACCCGGUUCCCCUAUCAACGCAUCGCGGUGUGGCAAAAGUAUGCUCAAAACAGUUAAUGCUUCGACUGGUAAAAGCAAAAAGGUCCCACUUGACCAUCUUGGGCAACAUGAAAUUACACUAUAAGAGGAAAAAACCGUUGCUAAACAAGAGGAUGCGCCAAGCGCACAAUGUGUUUCCAAACAUAGCUUUCAAAGUAGCAGAACAAAUUAAUCGGGAUCCAGACAAGUGGUUCUCGGAACGGUAUGGAUAUGAUUACUAUUUUACUAGCGGUAGCUUAGCUGUCAUAGAUUGUGAUCAGAGCCUCUGGGUGGUGAAUACGGUUGGGGAAAAAAUGGAUCGGGUAGAAAUUGUCCCGGCAAAUGUGAUAGAUGGACGGCUUGCGCUUGAAACAAGUGCAAUCAAACGAUACUAUAUGGAAGCCGACAAAGGCCCGAUCUUCGAAACGGUUUGGCAUGUAUCGGACAGCAUAUGUGCGAGUAGUAGUAAAUCUGUUACGAACGAUGGACAGUUGAAUGUUAAAAUUGCCUUUCGACGGAAACAUCAUAUCGAUAUAUUGUGGACUCAAACUAACUUCGAUAAGAUGAAGAGAGCAAACAUCAGAUCUAAAGUUCCUUUUAUAUCGUGUAGUUUUCAGCAUAGAAAUAGUGGUUGGUUGAUGUUUACGUCCGAUUCGGAGAAGGUGGUUAAAAUGUGGAAUUGCAAUCAAGGUGAAAUUUUAGGCACACUUCAUCUCCCGAGAGAACCUUCUUUAGAAGACUGCUGGAGUUGUGUUCGCCCUAUAAGCAAAACCUUUCUCAUUUGCUUGGAUAGGACAACGUUGAGGCUAGUUGAAAUCGUAGACAAUGCCCUAAUGACAAUCCAACUGACACAGUUGAAAAGUUGGCUAUGGUCCUGUGAAAAAGCAUCCAGCUUAGAAGUAUGCUCCAAAGAAUGUCUCAUUUUUAUCGGAACGACACAUAAAUUGCUUGUUCUGCGAAUAGUCAAACAAGGACAGGAAAAUCUAUUCGAGUUUCAGCAUUUUAUUACUUUUACCCACAAUUUAAAGCACUAUCCAACAAUGAUCCGAUUCGGAGCCGAUUCAUCGCUUGUUUAUCACGUAUGGAUUUCUUCGCAUUUGCCUGGUGAUACGAAGCUAUGCAGUUUCAGAAAAGUUCCCCCGAAGCGCUUCGUAACUAAGCAUCUUCCGCUAAAACCACUUACGGUUCAGGAAUCAAACCAUCUCGCACGAACCCAAGGAAAAUGCAUUUACCCCGCCGCGGUGUUGAAACGCCGUCUCCAACUAUUUCACUCUGGCAUUGCUCUCAUUGUCGAUGCCGAUCAUUUUCACAUGCUUCUUCAAAACUCUUUCGGUGAUAUCUUUCAUCAACGUAUUGUUGAGAAUCCGAAUGAAUUGAAUGCUCGGGAAAUACCUGCUCGGUUCCAUUCCUGGAACGAUGAACUGAAUUCAUUUAACGUCAGUCAACCACCCGCGGCAACUGAUUUUAAAAAUCUUCGCGGCUUCAAAAGGAUUUUCACAUGCUCCGCUCAACAGCCGGUGAACAAUGUGCCAGAAACAACGGAUGACACUUUCCACAAGCGACCCCGCUGGCAGCAAACAAUCGAACAACUUCACGAAUAUCGGGAUAUGCUGGCGUCGGAUAUGUUAGCGAUUUGGGACUUCAGGCCGAACGUAGCCCGCGCCAAACGAAGACUGUCAACCGAAGAACCAAUCAAUGUGACGGAACGAAUUUCCAUCUGGUUGGAAGAAACUCCCGAGUUACCAUCCAUUCCGGAGUUGCUUGAUGAUAGUGUAAAGGAAAAGACCGUCAUACAGUUGAAUAGUGAUUGUGAGCCAGAUGCAGAUGUUACACUAGUUGAACCGAAAUCUUCCAGUACAAAAGUGACAUCUAAAGCCCCAGUUAGGCCAGGCAAGAGAAAAUACGUGCAGGGAUUUUGAACUCAUGAAAAGUGUUGCGACACUUUCGUGUUAUUCCAUGAUUGUGAAAUAGGGAUAAUUAUUGCGAAAAAAGUGUCCAGUCAAUUAAAAAAAU